AUGACCUGCUGGCUGUGCGUCCUGAGCCUGCAGCUCCUGCUCCUGCCCGCGGCCCCGCCCCCCGCGGGGGGCUGCCCCGCGCGCUGCGAGUGCACCGCGCAGACGCGCACGGUGGCCUGUCCCCGGCGCCGGCUGACCGCGGUGCCCGACGGCAUCCCCACCGAGACGCGCCUGCUGGAGCUCAGCCGCAACCGCAUCCGCUGCCUGAACCCCGGCGACCUGGCCGCCCUGCCGCUGCUGGAGGAGCUGGACCUGAGCGAGAACGUGAUCGCGCACGUGGAGCCCGGCGCCUUCUCCGACCUGCCGCGCCUGCGCGUCCUGCGCCUGCGCGGCAACCUGCUCAAGCUCAUCCCGCCCGGGGUCUUCACGCGCCUGGACAACCUCACGCUGCUGGACCUGAGCGAGAACAAGCUGGUCAUCCUCCUGGACUACACCUUCCAGGACCUGCACAGCCUCCGCCGGCUGGAGGUGGGUGACAACGACCUGGUGUUCAUCUCGCGUCGCGCCUUCGCCGGGCUGCUGGCGCUCGAGGAGCUGACCCUGGAGCGCUGCAACCUCACGGCGCUGUCGGGCGAGUCGCUGGGCCACCUGAGGGGCCUGGGCUCCCUGCGGCUGCGACACCUGGCCAUCGCCGCCCUGGAGGACCAGAACUUCCGCCGGCUCUCAGGCCUGCUGCACCUGGAGAUCGACAACUGGCCGCUGCUGGAGGAGGUGGCGGCGGGCAGCCUGCUGGGCCUCAACCUGACCUCGCUGUCCGUCACGCACACCAACAUCACCGCCGUGCCGGCCGCCGCGCUGCGGCACCAGGCCCACCUCACCUGCCUCAACCUGUCGCACAACCCCAUCAGCACGGUGCCGCGCGGGUCCUUCCGCGACCUGGUCCGCCUGCGCGAGCUGCACCUGGCCGGGGCGCUGCUGGCCGUGGUGGAGCCGCAGGCCUUCCUGGGGCUGCGACAGAUCCGCCUGCUCAACCUGUCCAACAACCUGCUGUCCACACUGGAGGAGAGCACCUUCCACUCGGUCAACACGCUCGAGACGCUGCGCGUGGACGGGAACCCGCUGGCCUGCGACUGUCGCCUGCUGUGGAUCGUGCAGCGCCGCAAGACCCUCAACUUCGACGGGCGGCUGCCGGCCUGCGCCACCCCGGCCGAGGUGCGCGGGGACGCGCUGCGCGACCUGCCGGAUUCCGCGCUGUUCGAGUACUUCGUGUGUCGCCACGCCACGCUGACCGUGCAGCCCGAGCCGGCCGCCAACCGGACCCCGGGCGAGGGCCGCAACGAGACGCUGGCGGCCGCGCGCUUCCCGCUGGACCUCACCACCAUCCUCGUGUCCACGGCCAUGGGCUGCAUCACCUUCCUGGGCGUCGUCCUCUUCUGCUUCCUGCUGCUCUUCGUGUGGAGCCGCGGCCGCGGGCAGCACAAGAACAACUUCUCCGUGGAGUACUCGUUCCGCAAGGUGGACGGGCCCGCCACCGCCGCCGGCCAGGGCGGAGCCCGCAAGUUCAACAUGAAGAUGAUUUAA